CGCUUUUAGUUAGCGUAGAUACUGCGUUUUUAAUUGCAUUGACGAUACAAUGACCUCUGUGCAUGAACGUUUUGUUUAUAAGUAGUCUAUAAAUCAGCCAAUAGAAUUCCGCAGCUGCUGACCGCGUACGAUAAUUAUCGUAACAAAUAUUACCUCAUCGUCACGCAACCAAGUUUAUGGCAACUUGAUGACAACGCGAUAAGCGCUGGUACACCAACAGCAAACAUUGAAAAACAUUGGUAAUGCUUGCAGCUGGUGGCGCUUACUAUAAAUAGUCAAAGUAAUGAAAGUGAAAACAAAUUCAGGAAGGAGCAAAGCAGCAGUUGAUAAUACAGAGCGUUAUAUGAGAGAAAAUCGGCGUGCAAAGGAUAUAUGCAGUGCGCAUGCCCUCACAUGAGUGUAGGUUGGAAGCCCAACUAUUUGCUUCCAGUUGUCAUAUGAGUGAAUGAUUGCUACUAACUGCCAAUUGCUGUGGAAUUUCGCUGUUAUUCGGGAGUUGAGUGUAUCAGCCUGUCAUUCAGUCGGUUAGUCUGCCAAACGACCAGGAAAUACCUAAACGUAGAGCUAUUUUAAUUGUGAGCAUACAUAUGGAUGAUUGUGUGUGACGACUUCCAAUGAGAAAAGUGGAAGAUGAAAUUUGAAAAGAAAUUUUCAACGCAACCACACGAAAUCGAUAAGUUCGCAGGAAAAUCAGAUAUUUUCAGACAGCGCGACCGUAUUUUUCGCUGAAAAAUUUGCUAAAAUUGGUGAAAAAAUUUAUUUUUGUUAAGAAAUUAUAAUAUUUAACAGAAGUGGUGCUGACAAGUGUGAAAAUCUAUAGUGUAACGAAUAUUAUAAGCAAUUUGUUUAAAUGAGAAGACAACAACACAACGAAGUGGAUAUGUCGAAGAAAAGUCUAUUAUGUCCGCAUUUUAAUUGAAAAUAGUCGUUUGCUAAGGGUAAAAAGUAAAAUAACCUAAUUCUAUCAACUGCGUCACUAACGCAAUAUCACAACAAAAAAUAAAAAAGAAAAAACAAUUAGAGUAAUAUUUUUCCAAAUCUAUCUUGAAGUGGUUGCGCUGAGUGCAGUUCCAAGCAAACACACUCGAAAAUGCAGCCCCCGCCACGUAAGGGAAAUUAUGUGAAAUUCUUAAAGAAUUUACACACAGAGCAAGUGGCCAAAUUGCAAUUAAAGAAUCAACAUGAAUGCGAUUUGCUCGAGGACAUACGACAGUUCACCAUCAAACGCUCCGCCAUUGAGAAAUCCUACAGCGAAUCGUUGCUGAAGAUCUCUUCGCAGUAUUUGAACAAAAAAAUACCAAAUAUACCAGAUAUAAAAAUGGAAGGAAUGGAGGAGAGAUGGAAUAUGUGGAGCGUUUGGCGUACGGUACUCGAAGAGAAUGAGAAGUUAGCACGCGCCCGACUCGCAGCUAUUGAAGUGUUCCAGCAGCAAAUUGCUGACGAAGCUAAAGUGCUGCGCGAUUACAAAUUGGCCAUUUCCAAAAAGUCACUCUCACAGAUAGUGAAUGUACAAAAGGAGUUGCACCUCAGCGUUUCCGAUGUUGAUAAGACAAAAAAGCAAUAUUUCGACGAGGAGCAUUGCGCACAUGAUGUGCGUGAUAAAGCAAGAGAUAUUGAAGAGAAACUGAAGAAAAAGAAGGGUUCAUUCUUCCAAUCGAUCACUUCGCUGCAAAAGAAUAGUGCACGUGUUACAUCACGCAAAGAAUUGUUGGAAGAGAAAUCGACGGGCGCACGCAAUGACUACAUACUCAGUUUGGCGGCAGCGAAUGCACAUCAGAACCGUUACUUCACAGUCGAUCUGCAGACAACGAUGACCACUAUGGAGAAUUAUGUAUUUGAACGAGUAGCCGAGUACCUGACACUGAUGGGUCGCACCGAAUUGCUCACCUGUUCGGCCACACAGAAUUCGUUCGGCAAAAUACGUGAUCAAGCACAGCAAUUGACGCGCGAAUACAAUUUACAGUGCUGUUAUCUCUUCUAUCCAGUAUUAAAACAACACAUACAAUAUGACUUCGAACCGUGCGAUAAUGAUCCGAUAAGAAAGAUCACCACCGAACAUGAGUCGGCAUCGGAGACACUUACGAAAGAGGCUAAGAAUUUGGCGGGACGUGUAGUGAAGGAGAACGUCGCUAUACGAGAGGCCGCAAAGAAAUUAGCCAUUUGUGUAUCGCUACGGGAUUCGGGACAACGCAGUGAUCCGAACGAUCCUAAUGGACCAGAUUUGGACACAAAAAUUGAAGAGUUUAGGGAUUUGAUUCGCCGCUCUGAAACGGAGAAGGCAAAGGCUGAGGCAUGUUUGCAAAGUUUGCGUGAGGGUGGCAUUAAUGUUGACGAAUGGGUGCAGGAGGCAGAGAUUAUGGGCGUACAGGAGUUGGCACGCUCGGCCAGUUCCAUCUCUAUGCGUACAGAUGCUUCUGGACAAGGGGAAAAUCCAAGUUCGGACUCAUUCUACGACAGCGACAAAGAGGACGCAGGCGGUACGCAGGCAGGUGUAGGCGCCAAGUCUAAAGUCGAGAAGGAGUUGUCGCGAGAUAAGACAUUUAGUGACAGCGAUGAGGAUGUGGAAGAACGUGUACCCGAGCCAAUUGCAGCUCCUCCGAUAAUGGCCGCAGCUUCCGGUUGGGAUGAUCCCACUGAAGUUAACUGGGGUGCCGAGGAGGAGGAGGAGAAAGACGAAUCCAUUGUUCCUGAACCGAAGGAAGCUAUUUUCAAAUGCACUGCUUUAUAUAGCUACACUGCUCAAAAUCCAGACGAACUGACCAUUGUAGAGAACGAACAGCUGGAGGUGAUUGGCGAGGGUGAUGGUGAUGGCUGGUUGCGUGCACGCAAUUAUCGCGGUGAGGAAGGCUAUGUGCCGCACAAUUAUCUGGACAUCGAACAGGAUACUGCCGUUAACGGUAGCUCAGGCAAUCAAUUGCGCUCACAAAUCUCAUUCUCAUCUGUCGAUUAUACCGUUGACAAUGAAGAUCAAACCGUGGAUUCCAUGCAGUCACCCGAUCAGGUCUCCGUCAUAAUGGCGCCACAGAAACGGAAGUCCGAUAUACUCUAUUGUAUAGCCUUGUAUGACUACGAUGCGACUGCCGAGGAUGAGCUCACCUUUGAAGAGGGUCAAAUUAUUAAGAUUGUUACAAAGACGGCGCAUGGCGUAGACGAUGGCUGGUGGGAGGGUGAAUUAGAUGGUAAAUUUGGUAAUUUUCCAUCGUUGGUAGUUGAAGAGUGUGAUGAGAAUGGUGAACCGUUGUCGGAAGGUGGGGAUGAGUCACCACCACCGACUGCACCGCCGAGUUUUGCGCUUCCACCCGCACCCGCACUACCGCCAGAGUACGCGCACGAACUGACUGAAGAUAUGUUCGAAUCCCAGGAUACGGCAGAUGAUGACAGCGGCUAUAUACCGAACGGCGGCGCACCCAGUAUGCCUCCACCAGUGCAAAGUAAUAAAGCCAGCAUCAAAAAGGUACUCAUACAAGAGCCUGGAAUGGAGGACGAUAUCAGCGACGAUGGUAAUCCACCACCAUCGCUGCCGCCGCCGGCUUUAAAUGUCGGACCCAGCAAGGAAGGUAAUUCUCUAAAUUUAGGUAUGGCACAAAUAAUUGUUACUGCCGCAACCCCAAUGGUUGAAGACGGCACAGAUAAAUCUUUCCCUCCGGUAGGAGAGAGUGAUGGAGGUAGAGCAGCUGCAGCAACAGCGAAAACUGCCGGCAGCGAUGAUGACAAACCGGUUAAACAGAAAAAGGUGGAACCGAAACACGUGGUGCAAGCAGCAGCUGAUGAAAAUGAGAAUCACGAGGACGAUACACACUCAUCCGAUCAGGAUCCGGACUCGGAAGUAAAGACCCUACAAGAGGCCGAAGACCCAUUUAACGAAAAAGGUAGCGUAGCUGACGCUGGCGAUGGAUUCGAGGCAAAUUUCGAAGCCAACUUCGAUGCGAAUUUCGAUGACGCUUUUGCCGGUGGCGCACAAUCUGCCGAUAUUAAUGCCGAACCAAGCGCCGAUGACGUUCAAGCACCUAAACAGGUUGUCGGUGGGCGUGCAAGCAUACCCGAGGAAUUGGAUUCGAAUCAAUUGGCGCGAUUGCAAAAUCUGAAGGAAUCAAAUGCUUAAACAGUAUUAGAAAUAACAAUACUUGCAUUUAAAGAUAAACAUACC